CGUGCCGGCAGUGGAGGCCGAGGCACUGGUGGCGUCGGCGGACGCGGACGGCGACGGGCUGCUGUGCGAGGCCGAGUUCCUCGAGCUGGCGCAGCAGGCGGCCUGGGCGAGCGCCGAGGACGAGGACAACGAGCAGAGGACCCGGGCGCUGAGGGAGGCGUUCGGGAUGUACGAGAUGGAGGGGCAGGGGUGCAUCACGCCGGCCAGCCUCGGGCGGAUGCUCAGCAGGCUCGGCACCGAGCCGGGCGAGCGGGGCGCCGGCGAGUGCCGCGCCAUGAUCUGCCGGUUCGACCUCGACGGCGACGGCGUGCUCAGCUUCGACGAGUUCAAGAUCAUGAUGAGCUAGCUACCUAGCUAGCGCGUGGGCCCAAGCAUACAGUACCAGUUUAGUUUCGUCUUGCAUAUAGCCCCUGUGCUCAUUCAUUCAUUCAAUUGUUACGUGGUAGUAGCAGUAGUCCAAAAUUUGUACUCUUGGAGUUGAUGCACAGUAAUUGAUCUAUGUGAAUACCUUUGGUCUC